ACUAACCUACUGUAUCCUUUCCACAGAAAUCAGCCAUGGAUAUGAACGCACCGCCGCCUCCUACCACACCCAAGAGAGCUCGCGCCUGCGCAACUCCAGCAGACUGGCAAGAGGAACUGAUGACGCUGCCAACUGGCCUCGCAGUUCCAACCUACUGGUGGCAUCCACCACAGGAGCAUUUGACACCAGUGAGCGAGCUGUCAAGCGCUGCAGUUCUUUGUUUGCACGGUGCUGGCGAUGUGGCACUUUGCUGGGCCCAAGUGGCUCGCAAGCUGCUGCGAGAUCAGCGAUUGGGAGGCAAUGCAAUUGUUUCUGCCGACCUUAGAGGGCAUGGUCGUGCCUGUUUCGGACACGAGCCGUUGGACGAAAGCCUGCGCCUUGAACGAUUGCUCCCAGACAUGCUGGCGCUGGUCAAGUGCAUUAGCGAUCGCGUGGAGGGCGAAGGCCUGAUUCUCUGUGGCCACAGUUUGGGUGGCGCAGUGGCAGCCCGUGCUGCACAGGAAGCGCUCAAGAUGAAGCCGCCUCUGCCAGUGCGAACCGUGGUGCUUCUUGAAUCCGUUGAGGGUACAGCAACGGAAGGUUUGUCUCGCAGCAUUGCUUGGAUGCAGGCAAGGCCACAGAGCUUUGGGAGCUUGGAGGACGCCAUUGCAUGGUCCCUUUCAUCUGGGAUGCUGACGAAUCCUCAAUCAGCUCGAGAAAACGUUCCUCCACGUUUGGUGCAUCACGAAGAGGCAGAUGGCAAAGAGUCAUGGUCCUGGAGAACAGAUGUGUCCAAGGCGACUUCGUGCUUGUCACAUUGCUUUGAGGGUCUAAGUGAACUUUUCGUGGCUUUACCUUUGCCAAAGCUGCUGGUCGUUGGAGCAGUGGACCGUAUGGAUGCGACGUUAGAAGCAGCCCAUAUGCAAGGGCGCUUCAGACUAGACGUUGUACCUCAUCCUGGUCACUACAUUCACGAAGAUCGGCCUGAGGAAGUGGCAGAGGCAAUUGCCAAGUUCCUUUUGCAGCUCAAGCAGCAGGAGGCAGCAUAUGCAAAGAUCAUGGAAGGCCGUGCAUCUCCCUCUUCCUCUCGAUCGCCAAGCGCCAAUCCCAAGCGACAACGGGUGAGCUGACCAAUGCGGAAGGGAUAAGCCCGACUGAAGAACCCAUAGGUAAAUGGAUGCUUGAAUGAGUUUGUCCAGCAAUGGGGCGGGCCCCAAAAUUGUCAUGUGAC